GUCAGGACAGUGCAUUGAAUACCGUCUCUAUAAUGUUGUUCAACCUUUGUGUUGUGUUGAUUUUAAUAAUCGCUACCUCAGAAAUAGUUACUCCUUUUGGUCGAUUACGAUCCCAACCCUGCAAUCCUUCCAAGAAAUAUACUCCAAAAAUACCAAAUUAUGAUACGCAUAACUUAAGAAUAAGCGAACGCAAAUGCAAGGAGUAUCUAUGGAAAAUGGACGAACGGGAGCAAAUAAAAAAACAUUCAUGUAAUAAACGGUAUUUUGUAAUAAGAGGUCAAAGGACAAAGCCAUCAGAAUAUCCACAUAUGGGUGCCUUGGGUUGGAUGACUUUCGACAAGAGUUGGAUAUUUCUUUGCGGUUCUUCACUAAUCAGUGAAAAAUUUGUGUUAACUGCAGCUCAUUGUACGAAAACAAAAUCCGUUGCUGUAAAUCAUGCUCAUCCCAAAAUUGUUAGACUCGGAGUAACAGAUAUUUAUGAUUUAAGCUACGAAACUCCAGUCGACGUCGCGAUUAGAUCUAUAAGACGUCAUCCUCAAUAUGAUGGUCCAAAAAAAUAUUAUGAUAUUGCUCUUUUGGAACUCAAAACUGUGGUCGAAUUUACGAAAUUUGUCCACCCAGCUUGUCUGUUCAGCAAACCUGUUAUCAAUCCAGACAAGGAACUUACAGUUACUGGUUGGGGUGUUUUUGACAAAGGACAAAAGUUUUCACAUAAGCUUCUCUACGCAAAAUUGGACUUAUUCCAUCCAAAACUUUGUGAUGAUUCAGUUUUGAAAAAUAGAAAUUGGUGGGGAACGUUUAAUCAACAAUUGUGCGCUGGUAAGGCAGAUGGCAGCGUAGACACGUGCUUUGGUGAUUCAGGUGGUCCAUUACAAUACAAAUUAUAUGAAACAAAAAAAGAGGGCACCAUGCACAUGGUGGUUGGAAUAACAGCAUUUGGUUCAAGCAAAUGUGCUCUGAAGAAUAUUCCCGCUGUAUAUACUAAUGUAACUACUUUUAUAGAUUGGAUUGAAAAACAUGUAUGGCCAGAAGAAUGGGAUUAUAAAUUAUUCAGUCGUAUUGUUUUCCGAGAUUGAGUUAAGUAUUUCUGACGAUUUAAUUAAUAAAUAUUAAGAUGUAAAAGUACAUGUCAUAAAUACAAUGAUAUCAAAUUAAUACUUUAACUGACACUUAUUGUUCGCCAUUUUGAAUUUCCACGACUAUUUAAUUAUGAUCAUUAUAAUGUUUUUUAAGAAGCUGCGAAUGCGCAUGGAUCGUCUUUAAUAUGUUAUUUAUAAAUAUUUCCCCCCAUUCUGUUAUUUCGUAGUCAAAUGUGAAAUAAUUAAUUUUAAUAAUAAUA